CGCUCCGAGUCUGCCAGCUCCCGCUCGCUCCCUGCCCACUCCCGGGGGGCUGUUCCGUGGCGCGGCCGCCGCGGCCACCGCUUCUUUCACACUUUAGUUGCGAGCGGGCGCGCCGCGCUCAGUGACUGGAGAGCUGGCCGCACGCCGCCUUCCCGCACGCACGCACGCGGGCCCGGCUCCGGGGUUUUCUGCUUUUACUCCAGGCGGCGGGGAGGAGGGGGAGCCCCGGCCACACUGUAGGAAGGAGGAGGACGUGGAGGAGGGAGGAAGAGCGCAGGCGAGGAGGCCAGGGGCGGGGGGCGGGGGGCUUGCCACCUUCAGCCCCCCCCCGCGAGCGCCCAAGGGAAGCUCUUUAAACAGGAAGGUAUAAAUAGCUCCUGUGGAAGUCCCUGAAACUGACCAGAUUCACUCGGCUCCUCCCUGCUAGAGUCAGCAAUAAAAGCUGCAAAGACGACUCAGACCAGCUAAGCAGAGGACAACUCUCAGAUAAGCCAAGCUGUGACAAGAAACCAACAGAGCUGCCUGUCAGAGUUAGACCAGUCACUUGGAAGGGACACUUUACGACCUGUCGAGCUGCCUGCAGGCUGUGCAGUGUGCUUCAGGUUUCCCAGCAUCGUGAGCUGUCAUCCAUGCUGGGGUGGGCCUUGGUGCAGGCACUGUGAUCGACGCAGCAGCAGCAGCAGCAGCGAGGUGGAUUUCCGUUGUGUUUAAAGAGAGAAAAAGAAGCAUGUCCCCGUGUCUGUAGCGAUGAUUUGCAGUCCAGCCCGGCUGAAGCUCCCCGAAUGAGACUAUGGGCUGUGCCUCCGCCAAGCAUGUUGCCACUGUUCAAAAUGAAGAGGAAGCUCAGAAAGGGAAGAACUACCAGAACGGAGAUGUGUUUGGCGAUGAGUAUAGAAUCAAACCCGUGGAAGAGGUCAAAUACAUGAAAAAUGGGGCAGAAGAGGAACAGAAAAUCGCAGCCAGGAACCAAGAAAACCUGGAAAAAAGUGCCAGCUCAAAUGCAAGGCUUAAACCUAAUAAAGAAAUCCCUGGAUUGGUCCAUCAACCCAGAGCAAACAUGCACAUCUCUGAAAGCCAACAAGAAUUCUUCAGAAUGCUGGAUGAGAAAAUUGAAAAGGGUCGGGAUUAUUGUUCUGAAGAAGAGGACAUCACAUAGCAUCACUUCUCCGUCUCAGACCAGGAGCUACUACUGUGUAAAUAGGUUACACCCCAGUUGAAACCUUUGCAAAGGUUGGUUCUCUUCACUGAACAGCACUAUAACAAACGAAGACCGUUCCAUAUCGUAUGCCCCAUUAAAUUACAGUGUUUCUUAAUGAACCUGCAAAGGAAUAUUGCUAAACACAAACACACAUACACACACACACAUACAAAAAAAAAAAAACUGUUCUGGAACUUUCUUUGUUGCUGCUAGUUAAAACUUGUUGCAACUUUUCACUUCUCUUGUGUCCAAGUAUGCAGCAAAAUUCUGCAGUUCACCUUAAAGAUCCUAUUGGUUUUCCGAUGCUCUCCAGCCUGUUUUCUAUAAGAUGAGGUAGUGACGAACUCUGAUACAGACUUCACUUCUAGCCCGGUUCUGCUUUGAAGUCAAGCUUCUCCUCCCCUCUUUCCUCCUUAUCCAUCUCUUCCGCGUGGUCCAGAGAUGGCCUGAGCCUUGCUUCUCACUGGUAAUGUGGGUCUUUGAAGAUGGGAUGGUGGCCGUGGUGAGCCUUGUUUCUCUGCUCUCUGUAGAAGAGCCACAGUUGGUUAAAAGCAUGUUGUGACCUGACUCCCCGGAAGUGACAGACGAGCGGGCAGUAGGUGGUUCCACUUACCAGGACUCUUAGUGCAGGAUUAAGCUUGUAGCGUUGGCUUUGCUCAGAUUGCAGAUGGAAGUGUGACCACAAUCAUUUUGAAUCCCUCUUCCUCACCUUUUUUUUUUCUAAAAAAUAAACAUUUUACUGUUUUUAUGUAUCCUUGUCUUCUCCCAUUCAUCCAGUUCAGCAUUUUAAGAUGACCCUAGGUGUGGAAGAUAAAUGUUUCCUCAUAGUGACUCUGACGAUUGGCCUCAAUGGCUCCCCACCCUCCUGUUGAUAUCGACCAUGGUUUGGAAGGGCCGUGAUGAGAGGACACCCUGUGACUUCUUAGGAGGGCUGGAAACCACCGUGACCUUUGGUUUUGUUAGGUAUUAAAGCACGUUGUUAAUUCUCCCCUUCAAAAUGUUCCAUGAGCCUCGCCACUCCCUCCCAUUGUGUUUCCAGCACCGGUAGUGUGGGUAAAAGGUGUCUGCCUACUGGAAAACGGGACAUGGACACAGGUGACGUUAUUUGGAGUUGUGAAAGCCAAAAGCCCCUGGUGGUGGGGAGUGCUGAGUGUGUGUUCAGUAGAGUUUAUUUUUCCAUACUAUAUGAAGAGAAUGAUCUCUUCUCAAAGACAGAAGUAAUAUUUUUAACAAAUAUUGUCACAAGUAAAUAGCAAUCAAAAGGAGAAAAUAACUUUUGUAUUUUUUUAUCAUGUUUGAUAGCUUUGACGAGGGUUCUCUUUGUUACUUUCAGGGAAGGGCACCCUAUUAAAUGCCAUGCCAGCAGUCCAGGGUUGGGUUUGUCCUACACACACACACACACACACACACAGGAAUGCUGUGUUUUUCUCUUUGAGGGUUGUGAGUUUCAAGGGCCUCACUAUCAGCCCCACUGCCACCUUUGGAAGGUGGAAUAGUUACAGAGGAGAUCGUUAAGAUGUUCCCAGUUGUCAAAAGAUUGUCUACCAUAGAAUAAAAUAGAAAGCUAAAUUGGUUCUUGCCAAAAUGAGCCUUGACUUUCAAAUCCGUCCACAAAAUGGCAAAACUCUUCAUCCCCUGUCAGGCCCAAGGCCACAGACGUGAGGGAAAGAAAAUGCAGUCAAGUGCUCUAGAAAAUGGACUCGAGUGUAAGCAACAAAAUCCCAUAAUUCUUGCAGCCAGCAGCAGCUAUUUUGGGGAGCAGCUGUGGUUGUUACGUAAAUAGAGUUGCAGCCAAAAGCUAAGGCUUUUUUAUCCAGCUUCAAGCAGAAAAAUGCAGGGAGAGUCGAGUAGUCCAGGGUUUUAAGUUCCCUCCCCUAGUAUGGUUUUUGGCCAAAGGAUGAAAAUAGUUUCCCUCAACUGUAAAUGAACUGCUAAACCCCACCUCGGCUUGUUCACUGGAGACGUUGCACACUGUUCUGUGGAUGGCCUUUUCCGGAAUCUCAUGUUCCUGUCCAUCGAGAAUGAAGCGAAUGUUGAUGUCUUCCAUUUGACUCCUCUCCUUGGUGUCUAAGACAGUGUCUUCCCAGAAAAUCACCACCCUCUACCCAAAGAUGAUACCCAUGUCCUUUUCCUCAGUCACGUUUAGCAUUUCGGGUGUUCCACAUGUUUCUUGGGAGCCUGACUUUUAAGUGUUAAUAAAAUCCUAACUGCUGUUCAGGAAACGGCAGUGUUUCACGGUUCUGUCUCCCCUGUUUCACACUGGAUACCUCUUUGCUGAACAGAAGUGAUUUCAUCUCAGACACAUUUGGUACCUCUAGAAAUAGGUCCAUGCAAUGGGAUGGUUGAGUGGGUUGGCAUGAAAUGCUUAACUGUGUUAGCAACACUCAAAACUGUCUGUUUUCCAUUUGUUGGUUUGAAUCAUAAAGUUGUCAAGUGAUUUGUGUUUGUACUUUAUUUUUCUAUGCCUUCUGGAAGAAUCUAAAUUAAAAGUAUCUACCCCUCCCCCACAUCAGGACAUUAAGCAGUUUGUCUCAGGUAUAAAGAAAAGAAUUAUCCAGUAUAUAUGCUGGUAUAUCUUGCUAGUUAGCAUGUCUGUAGAACUUGGGAGUUGGAAGGAGGGAAGAAGGGAAGGAAGGAAAUUGUUGAAAAAUGGACAGAGGAUAUUUUGAAAAGCUUUUAGUGUGGCUGUAUGCUAAGGCAGUUGGUCUAGUGGCCAGUGGGUGGAGUGGGUCUGCUGGUGAAAUCCGCAGCCGGGUUACACAUGCCUCGUGUCCUCUUUGUAGAUCUCUGUAGAGUUGUAGAGGUUCAGCAGUGUGUGCGCAGCUUUCUUCGGCUUGGCAGAGAUUCAGGCUCACAGAGUACCGCUCUCAUAAUUGAAUCCGUGUUUCUUGCUGGCAGACAAACUCAAAAGAAGCUUUUACCUCCAUGAGGCCUCCUAGCCUCAGGCUUAAGUGGGAGCAUAGAGUGACAUUAUGGUCUAUUUAGGGACAAAGAAGGUACAAAGUCCGGAGAUGAGAAAAGUAGGUCAGCCCCCAGAAACAGCCACACAGUGACUGGUCUCUGCCUGUCUGCUGUGCCUAGGAUGACUCAAGAAAUACGUCCCCAGGAAUAGCCUUGGUUCCCAGCCCCCGCCCGGCGCCGCCUGUUCCUCCGCUGUAAGGUAUAAAGGCUCUCUGUGUCUUGGGUGUACUCAAGCACUCAAGUGACCGUAUGGGAGAGAUAACAACCUGGGGAUGGUAAGCCCCACACCUUGAUCCCAGGCGGAUGGCCUCCAACAUUGAGUUGUAACUUUGUCCGCCACCCAGCCUCAUCACCACCCUUUCGUUUCUCUUUUGGCAGGAGUAGUCCUGUAACCCGGCUAAAACAGAUGAUACCUCUUCUGAAUUUUACCUCAUUCACCUACAGUGCAGUUUGACAUGGUGAUAAGUCCCGUUUAGACACUGGGUGAGAAUUUAAAAGUUGUUCCGUCUCUACUGGUCCCAGGAAAAGAAACUUUAUUAAACAUGUUUGUUUUAUAAUAAGAGAAAAUAUCACCUUCUUAAUCCAAGACAAUAUAAAGAAUCUAGACUUUAAAAUCCAGAUAUUUUCAUUAUAAAAGACAUAACAAUUGUUAUUGAAAUCCUCUCCCUUCUCUCAAAAAUAAGGGAUGAGGGGCCUGACUUUUCCACCAGAAGGCUAUCUCUGAGCUGUAUUUCUUUAUACCUCUUUACAAGUUGAUCUCUUUGUUAAGUUGCUUAAAACUCCAGUAGAAAAAUAAGGUACGGUCGGUGGGUAAAGGAGUAUGUGUUUAAAAGGCAUAAUGGAAAGGUGACUGAAAGUGGACUUCAGGAUGUCAUGGGUGGAUUGGCAGGCACCCGUGUGCCUCCGCAAAGCUGUGUGAGCCCUCUACAGUUGCUCUGGGAUGAACCGCUGGAAUUCCUUGAAUGAGGUCUGCGAAUCACUUUUGCAGACAAACAGAUGCAUUCUUCUAAUGGGGACGACGCCUUGGAUUUCCACAGUCACCUUUUCUAUUCUUAUGUCUCCAGGAAAACAAAUCACAAAUCUAUGAGAGAAAAAUCUGUCCCUUGUGACAAACCCUGGGACCCAUUAGUGAUGCUAUGGUUUUCAGAAGGUCCUCUCUCACAUCUGAGAUCUGAUUUCAUCUUGGGUGGGAAGAGGCAAGGGAACUAACAGUCAUUCUUUCUGCUCACUCUGGGCCAGAUGCUGCCCUUAACAUUCUGUCUUUAUCUCACGUAGUCUUCAAAACGGUCUUUUUACCCUCUAUGUUCUGAGUCGCGUGUCUUACAUGUUGAAUUCAUCUGUCCAAUGAAAAUGCUCGCGUGGAAAGAAGGGAAGAUGUCACCCAAGUGUGUUAUUACUAUUAUUACUACACACCUUGCAACACUGUGAAAAAAGCCUUUGGGGGCAUCCACCUUCUAGAGUCUGUCUUUGGCUCCUUGCCAGCUUGCUUUCCUCAUGGGGAGUUUUACUUGGCUUUCCCUCAUCCUACAAGCUGUACAGAAACCCAAGAGGCCACUGGUGACAGAGGGAAAAGACUUGGGGUGAUUUAGACAUGUCCCUUCAGCUUCUGAGAAAGGAUGCAAUCUAUACCACGUUUGAGAUGCUGUGGUUUCUUUGGGUCUCCUAGCCUUGUCUCUUCAGAGGUUUGCCUUUUGAAGGCUAGAAGCCUCACCUUUGCAGAGAGAGCUGAGAAACUCUGAGGAGGAGAGACAAUGCCUGGACCACUGACUUCCAUGGGCUACAGUUGGAUGUUUCUCUUUGAUUGCUGGGCUAGGAGUCUGGAUUUUCCAGGCUAGUUUAAGCACCACACCUUGAUAGGACUCUCAAUGGUGGCCUAGAGAGAGCCGCUGUGGUCCAAGGUCAGGCCCGCUCAGGAACUCCACAGAGUUCAUCUCUUUUUGCUCCAUAAAAUGUGUGGGGUAAAAGAUGACUCAUCUCCACAGCAGCUGGUGAGGGUGUUACUUAAGGGGUCCCACAGCCACCCUCAUUAACUCACCUUGUAAGAUUCAAAAGAAUUUCCUGUCCAAGUUCCUUGUGAAAUAGGUCUCAGGAUCCCGAUCGCUUCUAACCGAGCAGCUUUCAGAUUCCUUGUAGAUGAUGUGGGAAUGGCUCUUAUCUCUUGGAAGUCAGAGAAAUUCCUUAAGUCAGGAAAGUCCCACUCGGCUGAAGUCUCCUGUAUGACAUUGUCUCUUUGCCCUGAAUCUUCUCUUCCCAAGGGUUAUUUUUAGACCAAGCUCUUAGAUUUGACUAAGAUUUAAAGUAAAAAGAACAGCAGAAACUUAGCCAGGCCUGCCUUCAGCUCUCCAGAGUUGAAAAUUAGACCUUGAGGCCACUUGGCUCAGACCCAGGAGUUUAAAAAAAAGAACAAAAAAAAAAAAAGGCAGCCCCUGGCCUGGCAUUUCAGUCCAGACCUUCAGGGACUCUUCUCCUUUGACAGGCUAGUGAGCAAAGGAAGUUUUGCCAGAGAUUCCAAGCCAUAUUUUUCCAUCCAAAGAAAGACGUAAAUUUGUUAAAAAUUCCUGGAGUAGACUCAGGCAGUUGCCUUAUUAGGGUUUUAAAUUUGGAUCUAUUCUUUUAACACAUACACAAAGAUAGACGGAUAAACAAAACGUAAAUGUUUAAUCAUAGACAGGCUGGGGGAGGAGGUAAAAGCUAUGUUUGACCCUUCUGUAAUCACAACAAUAAUGUCUGGGGGAAUAUCCAUGUAACUGUAAGGAUGCUUAAACCCGAAACCCUAGCGACUGCGUUUGCAUAAAUUUGCGUCAGCUCCAGUGGGAGCACCAAGGUGUGGGCGCGGUCUUCUCACCCUGCGCCCGUCUGUGCCUGAUGACUCUGGGCCUCUGGGUGGGUGUUUUGACUCACGUCCUUUCUCAGCCCACAGUGGAACUGAAGACACAUGCCAGGUCCAGCCCUAGCAUUGCUCAUACAUUCCCAUUCGUCCGUGUGGCCUUGACUGUGACAUCGCAGCAACUCCCCUGGGACAGUCUGUUAACGAUGUGUGAGUUAGAGUCCCUUUCCGGUUGUCCUGGGUGUAGCAUAUUUCGCUCUCUCAUUCCCAGUCCUAAGGACGUGUUCAUUCCCCAGAUUAUUUGGACACCUGGUAGGCUCCAGGCCCUGAGCCAAUGGCCAAGCAAUACAGAGGUGAGCCAGACACAGCUGCCACCCUCCAGGAGCCUACCAUGAAAGGGGAACAAUCUCGAAGGACUCCCUUAGGGAAAUCAAGGAUACUGUGGGGUCAGGUGGCAGCGGUAGCCAACCAGAUUUGGGCAUAGAAGCUUGCAGAUAGUAACGGCAAAAUCCAUAUUUGUCUGGGCACAGAGGGCAAGUACCAGAAGAGUCAUCCAUGCUGAGAGGACAGCAUGGGACUUCUCAUGGGUGGAGAGGGCCAUCUGGGGCCUGCGUGCAGGGAAAGGGUUGAGCUUAGGAGGAGCAGAGAGAAGAACAGAGGAUGAGAACAGGGGGGCAGACUGGGCUCUGGGGCUUUGCUGCGGAUUCCGUGGAGAUGAAGGAGAGUUUCUCUGCACUCUCCACUCAGUGUCGUCCCUGGGAGCUAGAUGUGAUCAGAGUGGGGAUUGCCUUCCUUUGGAAACACUCAGCUGCUGUCUAGAAGGGUCUAUGCCCACCCAUCCUUUCUCCUCCUCUAACUUCUCUUCCUGUCUCUAAAAGCUGUUGGAGUUCAAGGGCUUUAGCUUGGGCUGGGUCUGGUUUAGAGAUCCGUGGAAGACAGAGCUAGUUCAUCCUGAUCUGUCUUUAGAGACAUGGUGGCUAAAAAUACCUCUUGGGACUAGGUUGGCCUAGACCCAGAGAUCAGAGUGUACCCUAAAAUAAGUAUUUAGGAAGUGGUGAGAGCUUCCCUAUUUAGUGUCUGGUUCAAACCAGAGGCAUAACCUUUUGCAUAGCCUUUCCCAGGGUUAGUUCACCUGCACAGACCCAGGGAAGCAGCCAGGCCUCUCCUAGGUCACAAGAACAUUCCUGAGUCUUGCCAAGGACAGAGGAGUUGGGGAUCUUGGGUGGACGUUGUUUUGGUUUGUUUUUUGUUUUUUUAAUCAUAAAGUACAGAUAAAUUGUGUGCAAAUGCAGAAUAUCCACAAAACCACACAGUGACUGAGGACCUUGUGAGGACUUUCAUUGCGGGGGAGCUCCCCUGGAGUGAGUCGUGGAAGGCCCCAGAUAAGCAGAAUCUGACUGUUUGCAGUGCCCUAGGUUUCCAAAGAACCUGUUCAGGGUUUGCAGCAUUGGUCUCUCUCUCUCUCUCUCUCUCUCUCUCUCUCUCUCUCUCUCUCUCUCUCUCUCUCCCCCCCCCCCCCCCCUCCACACACAAAAAAAUGAAAUUUUAGGCAGAAGAAGCAGCAUUAGAUGCAUUCGAAUAUUAGCAAUUAGUCAGCAUGGCUGGAAAACCAAGUCAAGACUCGCGGGGUGAAGUUCCCGAGAGGCUGGUGGGCUUUGAGGCCGAGGGCAGUUUUUCUAGCCGCAUGGCGCUGGGCCUCAGCUUGGGGACUCCAGGAAGCCCUCCCUUGCCACUCUCCCAGUUUGCAGCUUCAGGCUGCCUACACCGGCCCUCCUGGGUGCAGCCAGACAUGCCUGACAUCCACACCCACCUUCUAGACUGGAGGGAAGGGAGUUUUUCUUGUUGUUGUUCAAAUGCCCACUCUUUUCCCAGAUAGUCCUCUGGCUCCUUACCCAAGGAUUUCUAGUUCUGUGUCUUCUGGUUCCCACUGUAGUAUCCCCCAAGCCUACCUCUAGCCUGUAUUGAUGCUGAUGCUGGAAGCCAAUGGAACAUGUGGCCUCUCACUCACCCACUUGAAAAUGAAGGCUCCCUCUGGUCGUUUUCUGAGCUGGGUCAUUUCCCAGUCCUCUCCAUCACAUUGCCAAGAGAUGGUCAAACAGCCUCCACGCCAGUUGUCAAAGGCUGCCUAAUGGCUCCUCCCAUAGAUAUUAGUGUUUAUUUACGAACAUGGCCUUGAUUCAAGGGAAAGCUCCUGGCGGAGCAUUCAACCUCAGCCUCGUUGGCUCUCCUGAGCACCUAAGAAAUCAGCUUGGGGGCCUGGGAACACAGAGGGGUUGUGCUGCCUGCACAUGGACCUGUGAGGCAGUCAGGGCCUGUUACCUCUCCACAUGGCUACCAUGUGAGGUAUCCGCUCCUGUACAUCAAUCCACUGACAUGUAUGUCCAUGUACUUUAUAGUAAGAGACAUGCAAGAAAAGAAAAGGCAAUGAUACAUAAAACAGUUCAAGGGUUGUAUUAUUUUCUCUCUGAACUCUUAAGUGUGACCAUGGAGAUCUCCUGGUAUGUUGGACACUGGAACACCACUGCUUUGGUGCAAAUCAGUAUACCAUGAUGGCAUCCCAAACCACUGUUUGGCACUCAGCCUGUAGAAGGAAAAGGUCACAAGGGACUCCCCCAAGAGCUUUGAGUCUGGGGAAUCUGAGGCAGGCAGACCCACACAGUAUAGAUUUAAGAAGCUGAGCCCCUGACGGGAGAGCUGCCUCUAGACAGUCGUGGCUACCGGUGCUAAGAACAGGUACACCGUACAGGGUCGGGCGCUCUUCCCCUUUCUUCCCGUGUCUCCCAAAAAGGACAUUGUCAAAACCCCAACUCUCUCCUGAAUGGAAUUCCUUGAACCCUCAGAGUGCUUCAGCAGUACCAAUCCCAUGGCACCCGUGGACUGUGGCUUGAAUAUUAUUUUUGAUUUGACUAUCGAGAUGUUCUGAUGAUUCUGUUCCAUUUUGAAAAAGGUCUGAGAAAAUAUACAGGUCUAAUUAUAUAUAUACAUAUUUAUACAUGUGUAUUUUUGUUUAUUGUUAACAUUUUGACAUUGGAGUUUCUAUUAAAUAAUUUUUAACAGUU